AUGAGCUCCUCACUGGCAAACGUAGAACAUAUUGUCCUUGUGCUGAGUGGCAAGGGUGGGGUGGGAAAAUCCACCAUGGCCUGCCAACUUGCGCUCGCUCUGAUGCACCUGCAUGGGAAGCGGGUGGGUUUGCUCGACGUUGACAUCUGUGGGCCGAGCGUGCCAACGAUAUGCGGUGUGGCCGACCGUGACGUUUAUCGUGACGAAAAGGGCUGGCAACCCGUUUCUCUCGUGGCGGGUAACUCGACUCCCUCUGCGGGGGACCUCAAAGUCAUGUCUAUUGCAUUUCUCUUGCAAAGUGACAAGGACGCGGUCGUGUGGCGAGGCCCAAAGAAGGAUGCCAUGAUCCGGCAGUUUGUGACAGACGUGCACUGGGGCACGCUGGACUACCUUAUCGUUGACACCCCGCCAGGCACUAGCGACGAACACCUCACACUCUGCGAAAUACUUCAACCACUCAACCCUUCUGGAGCCGUGAUUGUCACAACGCCGCAGGAUGUCGCAACGGACGACGUCAAGAAGGAGUUGUCGUUUUGCCACAAGAUGGGGAUUCGCUGCCUGGGGAUUGUAGAGAACAUGUCCGGAUUCGUCUGCCCUCACUGUGCCCACUGCACCGACAUUUUUUCCCGUGGUGGUGGCAGGAAACUUGCUGAGCUUUAUGAGGUGGAGUUUCUUGGUGCCGUUCCUAUUGACCCCACGCUGUCGCUUGCCGAGGACAAGGGUCAGUGCUUUCUUACGGAUGCAAACAACGGAGGGAAUGAGACUGUGACGGCAGUGAAGAAUGUCAUUGGUGCCAUAUUGAAGCAGGUGGAACGCGCAUCGCUCCAGCAGUAA